AAUCGUUUUCUUCUUUAAACUUGUUUUCACAUAAAAUGCCUGAUCAUAUAGGACUAUGGCUAUGGUAUUAUUUUAUUUUUUUGGUACCCAUUUUUUUAAUUAUGCAAAUUCUGAUAUUCAUAAAGCUUUCUUAGGUUGGGGCUCACAACUGAAAUGUAGGCUACAAAAAAAUAUUUAAUUUUUAGGUUUACUACUACUAGUUACUAGUCUUAAUUUCCCCCAAAAUUUAACGAGGCUUUUUUUUUUUUUUUUUUUCAGUUGAUGAUGGUAUAUAACUUAGUUAUUUAGUAGCAUAAAUAUAAGUAAGUUGUAGUAGGCUACUAGCUAGUAGUACUAGUAGACUAAGUAAGACUUGUAGAAGUUGGCAUAAAAAUAACAAAGUCAAAAAGUAGUAAAGUAAAAGUAAAGGCCAGGCUAGGACUAAUAUAUAAUUUUAAAAUAUAUAUGAAUUAGAUGUGAAUGUGUGAGUAGUGAGUUAAUUUGUAAAAGUGCAGUUAAUUUGUAGUCUACACUAUUGUAGUAUUUAUUAUAAUUAAUACUUAAAAGUAUAAUUAAGAAUAGAUAAUUAUUCACUUCAGUCUCGGUAUUCCAACACAGUAGAGUAGUCCUAUGUAGGCAUGUAGGACAGCAAUCUCACAAUGCCCUUCACACUUCUUUUCCCUCCACACUUCUUUUCCCUCAAAACAUGCCUAAAAUAAGGGGUGGAUAUGUUGUGCCAGUAGUUAGUAGUAGUAGUGUAGCAUUUCCCCCCCUUAAAAAUGUGUUUAAUAAAGGGGGGGGGGGGCGUCUUAUCCUACACCACCACUGCUUCCCAUACCCCUGAAAAUAUGGUAAUAAUAAAUUUAAUCUAAUCUAAAGACUCAUCAAGCCUAAGCAAAGUACAACUCUUAUGUUAAAUACAUGUUCUCUCUUCACUUACAGGGAAGAGAACCACAAAUAGGAAAGUAAUACCAAUGAGAUUUUCUAGGCUGGAGAUUUCUUUUGGAAUGAUUUACAACUAUAAUCAGUCUAGAGUGCAAAAAGCAGCUAAGUAGUGGGACGAGGUAAGUUCCAAUUUUUGAUGUUCGUACAUGUAGCAAAAGUAAGCUACAUUGUAAAUGUGUGCCUAUACUCUCCUGUUUUGAUUACAACAUAAACACUAAUUUUUAUUGUCAAGCAUUAAGAUUUUGAUGGCGUGUGCCAUUAGGACAUCUUCACCAUACAUGACCCAACUGGUUUGCUAACACCAUCAGCAAACUAUUUUCUGUAUUAUACACUUUAAUGUUAUUAGGUUUUAGGAAAAUGAAAUGGUCUAAUAGUUUAUUUUUCUAGUAAAGAACCAAGUCUAGCAUCUCACCAUGAGCCGAGGGGCUCACAUUGAUAUUGAUGCCAUCAUCGCACAACUCCUCAGCUGCAAAAAUCAACCGGGCAAACAGGUAUGGAAAUUCAUUUAAGACAGGAAGUUGUAAAACCCACUUCUGUUUUAACCACUAUGAUCUAAACCUUGUUCAACGAUUUCCUUCACACUGCUAAAACGCAAUCCUUAAUCUACUAUUCUAAACAAAGGAGUACAACUCCAUUUGGAAAUAAAUAUAAAAAAACUGAGAUAUUAUAAAACAUAAAUUCUUAAGCUGAACAUCAGUAUAUUUUCAUAAGUUUACUGCCAUCACCAUGGUCAUGGUCAGCAUCAACUCCCUCAGUUCUAGUACUGUUUUAAAAGUCCAAUUCAGAGUUAUCUUUCAACCAAAUGAGCCUCUUUGUUAAUUUCUGCAUAAGUCUUUUUCCCUGGUGACUUUAAAACUGAAAGAAUGUAUAAUUUUAUUGCUCUAAAAACAGUAUAAUGUUAAAUAUAUGUUGCUAGAUAUUUUAUUUCUCUCUAUCAUUAAUAUGUCUUAGACUAGAAUAUUUCCAGUCAUCACAGAUAAAUUGAAUGGAUAUAAAAUACUUAACUCCCAGGUGCAGCUUCCAGAGGCACAUAUCCGACACUUAUGCAUAGUAUCCAGAGACAUAUUUAUGGAACAGCCCAUGCUGGUGGAACUGGAUGCACCUGUCAACAUCAUAGGAGAUAUUCACGGCCAGUACGAUGACCUGCUACGACACUUUGACGCUUGCGGAUAUCCACCAAAUGCAAACUACCUUUUUCUAGGAGACUAUGUUGACAGGUGGGGCUUACUAUCACAGCUUAGUGCAGGCAGACAUGUUCAUUGUCAUUUAAGAACAGGCAGUCAGAAAUACAGGAAAAAAACAAACAUGUAUGAUUCAUGAGUUUACUAUUACCAGUGAUUCCUCUUGUUAAAUGAGUUAUCUCACCUGGUAAGACUGUCAAAGUGAUAGCUAAUUGCUGAAUGUGAAUUCAGAUGAUAUAUUUUAAGUUAUUUGAAUCCAAGCCAGUAGUUAUAUUAAUUGGGAUAUACAGGUCCUAACAAUGUGAUGACUUGGAUGAUACAAAUUAUUAGCAGUAUUUAUACAAUUAGGUACUAUAUUUAGCUCUAUUUGAUGUCCAUGUCGUGGGUGGUACUUCAUUUGCGUAACAGUUUUUGGAUAAUGUUGCUGAUGUUUUUCCAAAACAGAGGGCGCCAAUCUUUGGAAGUAAUAUGUUUACUAUUAGCCUACAAGAUCAAGUAUCCACAGAACUUUUUUAUGCUGAGGGGAAACCAUGAAUGUGCUUCUAUCAACAGGUAACGGGUUUUCAAAUCUUUAACUUUGCUCUUCCUUAAUCACUGACAGCUAGAAUUUUGUUAACAAAUUUACAACUCACGUAGUUCUAAUCUUUGAGGUAGUGUAGUGAUGAUUUUUUAAAACAAUUUAAAUUAUUAUGGUGCAUGUAUUAGGUGGCUUGCUUGGGGAAAAGAUGGAAUAUAGAAUUAUAUUUAAAAAAUAAUGAGAUGUACAGUGCAUAGAGAAAAGCCACAGACAAAAUUGGAAAUUAUGUGACAUGUUGAUAAAUGUAAUUAAAAUAAUGAAUAUUAAAUUGAUAUUACCAUACAACUGUAAAAAAUCAUAUCAAUGGAUUUUUAUCAGAAUAAUCUUUAAUGUUUAAAUUCCCCAGGUUUAUUUAUUAUUAAAAUGAUUUUUACUAUUUAAAAAAAAAGGUUUUAAUCAUAGUGAAAAUAAUCUAAUAGCCAUUUUGUUACAAUGAUACUUGAUCUGAUUGUGUUCUUGGCUUCUCAUUUUCCUGAGUUGUGAGAGAAUCUAUAAUGAGGAACUUUUACAUUCUAAUACAAUGUGCCUUUGCAUUUUCUGGUUGCAUAACAAAAAAAGAUAGUUUAGGUUUCUUAACAUUAUAAGUAAUGGCUUGAAACAUUUUACACUUACCUCAAUAUAAAUUAAUGCACCAAGUGUUAACAUCUUUUGGAAUAAAGAAAUAAAAUCUGCCACCUCUGUUGUAGCUAUGGGUAGGGCCUAUGUUAUUUUGUGAAAGCAUUUUUUUUUUGUUCCCCCAUAAUCUCAAAACUAAUAAUGUUCCGCUAACAGUAAAAUCUAAACUUCUGGCGCAUGUACUUCUCAACUUGAGCUAAAUGGAGGCAACGAAAGAACACAUUUGUGUGGCCAAAAGCUUUAACAUUUCGCUAUUCACAGUCAGCAAAUAUAUAUUUCAGCUUUUCUUACUGUAGCCCGAUGUAACCAAUAUUAACCAAAUCUUUUUCCAUCAUUCAAACUCUGUCACAGAAUAUAUGGAUUCUAUGAUGAGUGUAAAAGACGCUAUAAUAUAAAGUUGUGGAAAACAUUUACCGACUGCUUUAACUGCCUACCAGUUUGUGAGUCUUAUAAAUAAUAUGUGUUUCUACACUGAAUAUGUUUUAUCUGUGUGCAAUUGUUUAACCUAAUUGUUUGAAAUAUUUUUCAAAUGAAUAUGAAGCAAUACUUUCUAGUAGGCAUAUAAUGCUAGUUUCUCCCUAAUCUACUUUAAUCAGGCAUAUUAUACAAGUUAUUCCCUAUUCUAUUUAAGGUAUAUUAAACAAGUUAUUCCCUAUUCUAUUUAAGGUAUAUUAUACAAGUUAUUCCCUAUUCUAGUCAGGCAUGUUAUACAAGUUAUUCCCUAUUCUAGUCAGGCAUAUUAUACGAGUUAUUCCCUAUUCUAGUCAGGCAUAUUAUACAAGUUAUUCCCUAUUCUAGUCAGGUAUAUUAUACAAGUUAUUCCCUAUUCUAGUCAGGUAUAUUAUACAAGUUAUUCCCUAUUCUAGUCAGGCAUAUUAUACAAGUUAUUCCCUAUUCUAGUCAGGCAUAUUAUACAAGUUAUUCCCUAUUCUAUUUAAGGUAUAUUAUAAAGCUAUUCCCUAUUCUAGUGAGGCAUAUUAUACAAGUUAUUCCCUAUUCUAGUCUGGCAUAUUAUACAAGUUUUUCCAUAAUCUAGUCAGGUAUAAUAUAAAAGUUAUUCUCCACUCUCUGUCAACUCUAUUUAUUAAUGUAAUAUUUUUAACAUCAUACUUAAUGACUAGAGUUUUUUUUAUACAUCUAAUUUUUUAUUUUUAAAGUUUUUAUUCAGACAAUCUCAGUUCUUUUCCUGAUUUCAGCUGUAUUGCAUGCCAGGGAUUUGUACCAUUCAUGCCUCAUAUUUCUGAAAAACAGAACUAACACAUUUUUUUUGGAUUAUUAUGACUAUUUUCAUUUCUUUAUUUUUUGUAUGAAUAAUUUUCUUCUAUUCUAUCAACACUAAUUCUUGUUUUCUUAUUAGUUUUUUGAAUCAAUUUUAUUUCCAAUUUAUUGGAUGUAUAAAAAUUUCAUCUCUGAUGAAGGUUGUCAGAGGUGAUAAGAUCCUUUGAUUUGGACCCUUUUUUAGAUUAACUUAUCUUAUUUCAAUAUUUAAAACAAAAUCAUUAACAUCCUGUAAUUUAUCAACUUGUUAUUGAUUAAUCAAUCUUGAUAACAUUUACAUCAAAGUAUAAAAUUUUGUCAAGAUUUUAUUGGAAUUUUGGAAUUUAAAUUUCAUACAAAGGCUGUAUAAUUUUUAGAAUGUUUCUCUUUUGUUUUUUUAAUGCAUAGAUAGGGAUAGCCGUAGUAAUAGUAAUAAUUUGUAUUGGCUGCCAAAUGAGGCCACUCCUUAAAGCCAUAAUGUCAUUAAUGUUAAUUGUUUUGUUCUGUAAAGUAAAAGGUUUCACCCUUUUUAAUAAGACUUCGAAGAAUUUUUGUUUGAAUCUUGAAUUUUUAGAAUCUAAAAUUAAUACACUGUUACCUUUGAUUUACUUUAGUCUCAUUAAUUUUAUUUUCAGCUGCCAUUGUAGAUUGUACUAUUUUGUGUAUGCAUGGAGGCCUUUCACCUGAUCUGACAGAAUUAGAUCAGGUACACAGUGAACUAUUCUUGCAUUAAAACUAAAAAAGCAGAUCAUUUUACUGCAAUAUUUAGUGUCACUUAUGUGAGCUGACCAAGUAAAGGCCUAUUUACUGCAAUAUUUAGAGUAGCUUAUGUGAGCUGACCAAUCAAAUCCUAAUUUACCGCAAUAUUUAGUGUUGCUUAAGUAAGCUGACCAAUCCAAUGCUUUUUCACUGCUGUGUACAAGUAAAAAAUUAUCAUUAAUGGUUAAUCUUUGACCAUUUUGUUUGGAUUAGUGUUAAGUAGAAUGGAUGGAAUGUACAUAAUAUAGUCCAUUGUAUACAAGUUACAUAAACAGCACUUGCAUGCCAAUAGGAAGAUUAAAUGUUUAAUGUUUUAACUAUCUGGACAUCUCAUUCUGUAAAGAUGAUUUUCAGUUUAACCACAAAUCCAAUUUUUAAAGUUAAUAGAAAAUUAAAUUGAGUGAACUUUCAUCCAAUUAUGUGAUGAGUGUUCAUUUAACUUUGUUAAUUUUCAGAUCCGCCAACUUCACCGACCGAGUGAUGUACCUGAUCAUGGCCUGCUGUGUGACAUUCUGUGGUCUGAUCCAGAUGAGGUAAGCACUCAACACCUAACCAGAUCGGAGUGAUGGAACCCAUAUUACUUCAUCAAUUCAUAAAUACAUAAGCAGUAAUUUCAUUGCACAUUUUUGGCAUUUAUUUUCUGUUCAAUAUGUUUAUGUUUGUGCAGCUCUAGUAAAACCAAAAGUAGUGACAAAGCUUUGUUGUAGAAUGAAAUUUCAGAAUGUUGAAAAGUUUAUUUAAUCAGACUUGACCCCUUUAAAUUCCUUGCCAGGCCACGAUGUUAUAAAAAACAUGUAGCUUAGUUGAGUGCUUCCCGCGGUGGUGGUCCACACAACUUGAGUCAAGAAACUUUUACAUUCACCCUGUUAAGAUUUAAGUUUAAAUAUGUUAAAAAUAAACUUUGAAAAAGAAGCUUUUUAAUAAGCUUUCUCUUAUUUUAUAGGCCAUUAACAAGCAUCAAAUGGUAAUUGUUAAUAUAGUUUUAUAUUGAACUUAAAUCUGUCACUGGUCCCUGGUGCAAUGGUAAACUUUUCCACUGGUCAGUCAAACUUCAAAUGUUGACACGGACCGGCUGAGCUACUGAGCUAACACAAAACUAAUAUAAGCAUUUCCCUGAUGCGUGAAAACUGCUCACACUUGAAAGAUAAUGAUAUAUUAAUUUGCAUGUUUUUUUUUGUGAAGGACAUAACCGGGUGGGGAGAAAAUGACAGGGGCGUAUCAUACACAUUUGGAGGGGAUAUAGUCAAGGAAUAUUUGAGACGGUUUAGUUGCAGCUUGAUCGCAAGAGCACACCAGGUCAGUCUUAAAACUUAACUUACUAUGAAAUGAGUUGUUUUUUUUUGUCUCUUGUGAACAUUUGGUGUUGUUAUAUUUGUAUAUAGUAAGAUUUAUGUAUUCAUAUUCAGUUCAUCUUAUAAUGACUCUACUGUAAGAUUUAUGUAUUCAAAUUCAGUUCAUCUUAUAAUGCCUCUACUGUAUGUACAUUAUUUCAUGUGAUUGCAGGUUGUUGAAGAUGGCUAUGCAUUUUUUGAGAAACGGAAGGUAUUUGUUUGUUUUUUAAGUAUUACCCAAGAUUAUGUAUUAUAUUUUGUAUUACCUGAUGAAUUACGUACAGAAAUAAAUGAAAGAAUAUAGGCCGGAAACAGUGCAUGCUUCAGUAGUCAGAAAAUACACUAAAGUAAAAAAGAAAAGCAAAAGAAAAACAAAAAAAACAAUUUAUAUUAUAAAAUUGUAAUCAAACCAUUUGUAACAUUCGCAAGUAAAAUUUGGACCCCUAAGAAAAAUGGCAGAAAACCUAUUAAAAACAUGUGAGAGAAAAGUUCUCCGGAAAAUAUAUGGACCAACAUAGGAUGAAUAUGGAUGAAGAAUACGAGCCAACCAGUUGUAUAGUCUAUAUCAGGAUCCCAUGCUAGUAGCAGAAAUAAAAAAGGGCAGCCUACGCUUGGGUGGGACAUUUAGAGAGAAUGCAAAAUGACAGAAAAAUGAAGAGGGUGCACCAACAAAACCCCAGAGGAAAACUGCUCAAAGGCAGACCUAGGCUUAGAUGGAUAGAUAAUAUGGAAAAAGAUCUACAUCAGCUGGGAAUCCAAGCAUGGAAAAGAAAAGCAUUAGAGCCCAGCCCUAGGCCGGGGUACCGCACUAUAUAAGACAACUUAUUAUUAUUAUUAUUAUUAUUAGUUAGGUCUGAGUGGAAGGAGUGGUGAGGCAGGCCAAAGCCCUACAUCGGCUGUAGCGCCACAGGGAUGGAUUAACUGAUAUAGUUAUUUAAAACAACUCAAUCUGCCAUAACAUUAGUUUUAAUUUGUAUGUUUCCAUGUUUUGAAAAGUAUAAGAAAAUGAUAAAACCUUCCACUACUACUACUACUACUUCUGCUACUUAGUUACUUCUACAAUUUUCUUAGGUAAUGGAUUAACCUAUCAGUUAACCUCUAUAUUUUUAUUUCAACAGUUAGUGACAAUAUUUAGUGCUCCUAAUUACUGCGGUGAGUUUGAUAAUGCAGCAGCAGUCAUGAUUGUUUCUGAAGAUCUCACAUGUUCUUUCAAGAUUCUGAAAGUAAGUAUGAUUUGUUGGAAUUAUUGCACUAUCAAACUGACUAAUAUUUCUUGAUAAUAAAUGUAGGACUGUUAUCACUUUAUUUCUAUUUCUAGAUAUUAAGAUAUUAAUUUUGCCUUAAUCUGCUUCAACUUUAAAUAAUGGGGAAAGACAUUGCUUCUCCUAUACUUAUAGUUGGGCAACUUUGUCUGCUACCCCUGACUUUUAACUUAAUUUCUAUCUAAAAAAGUAGAUCUGUAAAUAUGAACAAAUAAUAUAUUGACUUUUGCAUUAAAUUUUACUGUUAAACAUUUCAAGCAAGCCAAAUUUCAUUUUAAUAUAUAAUAUUGGUCCCGUCACUUUUAUUUUUAUUUUAAAAUUUAUACUUUUAUUUGCCUCAAUAACUACGUUUCUAAGAAUUAUAUUAAUUUUCUUGUAAAUUUAAUACCAGUAAAAUAUUUUAUUUUAAAUGAUGAUUGUAAAGCAAUUUUAUUUUACAACUAAUGAAUGUUGCAAUGUAAUUGGAAUGCUUUAUUGGUCCUCAUGAAGUUGCAACAUUUCAGUUCAGUGAGUUUUACAUGAUUGAGGGUAUGCCAAUAUUUGGGAAUAUAAGGAAAAGGAGAAAAGUCAUUAAUUAGUAUCUGUUAUUAAAUUAAUAGCCAUACACUAUAAUUUACUAAUAAUUAACUAUUUAUUUGAAUUUGCAGCCCUCUUCAACAGAACCAUCAAAACCGAUCCCAGCAAAAGGCAAAGUAAGAUGAGAUGAUGUUUCUGUAGAUGAAUGUUCCAUUCUGAUUGCUCACUUCAACUGCUCAGUCACGUAAACGACAGGUUGUUUUAGAAAACAAACAAAUCAUUAAAAUUGGUACUUUCUAUUUCAGUUUACAGGGAAAAGAAAUUUAAUUAUAUUAGAUUGUAGUAAAUUAACAUUUUUGCAAGGAAAAUAUGUAUUUUGUUUAUAAAUUUAAUUAAUAUUAACCACAACAGCAUGGAGAAUUUUUAAACUUAACUAAUGAAAAAAAUAGCAUGCCAACAAUGUUGUCUGCUCCAUUUCCCAUCAUCAAAAUUUGAUAUAAUAUUUUGAAAAAAACCUGAAAGCUAAUUAAAGUCAGACAACCUUGUUAAGCAUAUUAGAAAGAGGACUUUACAUCUAUAAACAACACAUUUUUUUUUUCUUUGCCACAUGCUAAAGGAAAAUAAUUUUAUAUUUAUCAAUUAAAUGUUAAUAAAAUAAAGACCGUAAAAUAUUGGCCAUGACAAGUUGGCUAAAAAUGAUGCAUCAAACACAUGAUUUUUAUCUAACUCUUACGUUCCACAAAAAAGUGAUUUCUAUUUUAAAAGCCAAGAAUCUGGCAAAGGGCAUACAUCUCAAUAAAAAUAAACUGUUAAAAUUGUUUUAAACUACUGCAGGCACUAUUCGGAACUCACUUAUGGAAUUGAAUAAGGGGAAUGUUUUAAGAUGAAUACAGAUUAAUAAGGAAAUAAAAACUUACGGC